CGAAGACGCGGCGUGGAGAGUUGCAGGGCUCCGACUCUCGUUCAGUCACCGCACCGUCGUGUUCAGUCGAGCGGGUGGGGGGCGGGUUCCACACCACUCGUGUCAAUUAUAACUCAAUCAAGUUGAGUAAGUCAUUCGUUCAGCGUUGAUGCUACAGGGGAGUGAUUUGGCUAUUUGGUUUAAAUAGAUACAUAGGUGCUGUCUGGGUAAAGCGAGUUUGAAACUUUGGAGUAAUAUUUGGGAAGUGUUUUCGUGUGCGUGUGAUGCGAGUUGGAAGUCUCUCGUUACACCACGCAUCAUGAAUGAAGACCAGGCAAUGCUCUACAGAGUCGUGCUGCUGUGCGUGGCGCUGGGCGCCUCCGUGGCCUCGCAGGAGGCGUGGGGCGCGGCGCACGGAUGCGCCCACGGCAGCUGCUACCCCGUGACGGGAGACCUCCUCGUCGGCAGGGCGGACAAGAUCUCCGCUUCCUCCACGUGCGGCCUCGUCGCGCGCCAGCGAUACUGCAUCGUGAGCCACCUGCAGGAGCAGGAGAAGUGCUUCCACUGCGACUCGCGGCGGCCGUACCAACCGGGGCGCAACCCCAACAGCCACCGCAUCGAAAACGUCGUGACGUCCUUCGCGCCCAGCCGACGCAUGACCUGGUGGCAGGCGGAAAACGGCGUUGAGAAGGUCACCAUACAGCUGGACCUGGAGGCAGAGUUUCACUUCACUCAUCUCAUCAUGACCUUCAAGACGUUCAGGCCGGCCGCCAUGCUGGUGGAGCGCUCGUCGAACUUCGGCCGUUCGUGGAAGCCGUACCGCUACUUUGCGUACGACUGCGACGCGGCGUUCCCGGGCAUCGCGACGCGAACCCUGCAGCGCGUGGACGACGUGGUGUGCGAGUCGCGCUACUCCGACAUCGAGCCGUCCACCGAGGGCGAGGUCAUCUUUAAAGUCCUGGACCCUGCCAUAAAGAUCACCGAUCCCUACAGCCACACGAUACAAGACCUGCUGAAGAUCACGAACCUGCGCAUCAACCUGACGCGGCUGCACACGCUGGGCGACAACCUGCUGGACUCGCGCUCCGAGAUCAAGCAGAAGUACUACUACUCGCUCUACGAGCUGGUGGUGCGCGGAUCCUGCUUCUGCUACGGCCACGCCAGCGAGUGCGCGCCCAUCGCGCCCACGCAGCGCGACCACGACGGCAUGGUUCAUGGGAGGUGCGUGUGCAAGCAUCGCACGCGGGGGCUCAACUGCGAGCAGUGCGAGGAUUUCUACGCCGACUCGCCCUGGAGGCCGGCCGAGGGACGGCAGUCUCACGAGUGCAAAAAGUGCAACUGCAACAACCACUCGGACAAGUGCCACUUCGACGUGGCCGUGUACAAGGCGUCGGGCAACGUGAGCGGCGGGGUGUGCGAGGACUGCCGCCACAACACCAUGGGGCGCAACUGCGAGCUCUGCAACACCUUCUUCUACCGCGACCCGCGCCGGGACGCCGGCGACGCCGACGCCUGCUUGCAGUGCGACUGCGAGCCCGACGGGACGCUCAACGGGGGGCUCUGCGACGGCCACACGGACGCCGCGCUGGGCCUGCGUGCCGGCCAGUGCCGCUGCAAGCCCAACGCGGAGGGCCCGCGCUGCGACCGCUGCAAGGCGGGAUUCUUCGGCCUCAGCGGCGACGACCCGCUCGGCUGCCGCCCGUGCCAGUGCAACCCCCUGGGGACGCUGCCGGGCCGGGCCGCGUGCGACGCCUCCACCGGGGACUGCUUCUGCAAGCGCCUCGUGACUGGGCGGCGCUGCGACCAGUGUCUGCCCGGACACUGGGGCCUGGGCCACAACCUGAGUGGGUGCAGGGUGUGCGAGUGCGAUGACGGAGGAGCCAUCGACAACAAGUGUUCGAUGAGCACCGGGCAGUGCCGCUGCCGAAGUCACAUGACCGGACGCACGUGCGGGCAGGUGGAGCCCGGGUAUUUUGUGGCGGCGCUCGAUUACCACACGUACGAGGCGGAGGAGGCCACGCGCUCGCCGGGCGUGACGGCGGUGGUGCGGGAGCCUCCGCGCGACCGCGCCGCGGCGAGCUGGACGGGACGGGGGAUGUGCCGUGUGCCCGAGGGCGGCCACCUCGACUUCAGCGUCUCCGUGCCCUUCUCCAUGGAGUACGACCUGGUGCUGCGCUACGAACCGCAGCUGCCCGAGGAGUGGGAGGAGGUGGUGGUCACCGUGGAGCGACCGGGUGCCAUUGUGGCGAGCAGCACCUGCGGCAACACCAUCCCAUCCGACGACCUCGUGUCCGUCACGCUGCCGCCCGGCUCCAGGCACGUGGUGGUGCCGCAGCCCAUGUGCCUGGAGAAGGGCCUCGGCUACGGCGUCCGCGUCGACUUCAAGAGCUACCGCUCCGGGGGCAGCGUCGCAAACGCGCAUGUCCUCGUCGACUCGUUGGUGCUGCUGCCGCGCCACUCUUCGCUGGAGAUGUUCAUCGCGGGCGACCCGGCGUCGACGGCGCGCCGCACCAGCUUCGAGCGCUACCGCUGCGGCGACGCGGGCGGGGCCGUGAGCAAGGCGCCCGUGACGGACGUGUGCGCGGGGCUGCUGCGGAGCAUGUCGGCGCUCGUCCACAACGGCUCGCUCCCGUGCCAGUGCAACACGCAGGGCUCCAGUAGCACCGAGUGCAACCCCGUGGGCGGGCAGUGCCGCUGCAAACCCAACGUCGCCGGACGUCGGUGCGACCAGUGCAGCCCGGGGUCCUUCGGCUUCGGACCGUCAGGGUGCAGGGAGUGCCACUGCGACCAGCGCGGCUCCACCAGCGCGAUCUGCGACGCCGUCUCGGGGCAGUGCGCCUGCCGGCCCGGGGCCUUCGGCCGCCAGUGCGACCGCUGCGAGGCGGGACACUGGGGCUUCCCGGAGUGCCGCGCCUGCCGCUGCCACGGACACUCGGACGAGUGCAACCCCCGCACGGGCGCGUGCCUCUCGUGCCGCGGCCACACGGCCGGCGAUAGCUGCGACAGAUGCGCCAGUGGCUACUACGGGAGCCCUGGCGCCGGGGAGCAGUGCCGCCCGUGCCAGUGCCCCGAGGGCCCAGGGACCGGACGCCACUUUGCCAGCGGCUGCAGCCACGACCCGCGCUCAAGGGCCGUGGCGUGCGCGUGUCUCCCCGGCUUCACCGGCGCUCGCUGCGACCAAUGCUCCCCGGGCCACUACGGGGACCUGCGCGUGGCGGGCGGUCGAUGCCAGCCGUGCCAGUGCAACGGCAACAUCGACCCCACGGACGCGGCGUCCUGCGACGGCCGCACGGGGCGCUGCCUUCGCUGCCUGCGCGACACGGAGGGAUCCGCGUGCCAGAACUGUCGCCCCGGAUACUACGGUGACGCCACCUCGCAGCGGCGGUGCCAGAAGUGCACGUGCGUCACGGCUGGCACGGAGCGCUCCAGCUGCGGCCUGGCGGACGGGGCCUGCGCCUGUGAUCCCCGCAGCGGGCAGUGCCGCUGCCUGCCCAACGUCCAGGGCCUGGCGUGCGACCGCUGCACCCCCAACCACUGGGGGCUGAGCCAGGGCACCGGGUGCCGCCCCUGCGGCUGUGACCCCGCGCACUCCGCUGGGCCAUCUUGCAGCGAGUUCAACGGUCAGUGCCACUGCCUACCUGGGUUUGGCGGCCUGACCUGCAGCGAAUGUCAGGAGAAUCACUGGGGAGAGCCUCGCGUAAAAUGCAGUGCGUGCGACUGCGAGUCGAGCGGCGUGCUCACGCAGCAGUGCCAGCGCGCCACAGGGCAGUGCGCGUGCCGCCCCGGCGUGGCGGGGCGGCGCUGCGACCGCUGCGCCCGUGGCUUCUCGGGCGCCUUCCCGGCGUGCGAGCCGUGCCACGAGCCCUGCUUCCCCGACUGGGAGGCGGCCAUCUCCGAGCUGGGCCGGCGCGCCGGCGGCCUGAGCGAGCGGGCGACGAGGCUGCUGACGGGCGGCGCCGACGCGGGGCCAUACGCACGGAGGAUGGCCGAGGUGGAGGAGAACCUCGCGGGGGCGCGCGAGCUGCUGGCCGUUCGCAACGCGUCGGCCGCGGCCGUCGAGAGGCUCUCGGGGCUCAUCGACGAUGUUGGGCGGCAGGUGGAGGCCAUGACGGGCCGCCUGGCGCAGCUCGAGGCCGGCAUUGGAGGCGCGGCGAAGCAGAACGGCGACGCCAACGUGCUGCUGUCGGAGCUCGAUCGCGACGCGAGGGAGGCGAGCACGCGCGCCAGCGAGCUCGGAUACCAGAUCGACACCAUCAAGCACUCCAACUUCCGAGGCGCCUACGGCAGCGUCAAGGACUCGUACCAGCAGUCCCGCGAGGCGGAGCGGAAGGCGAGCGGCGCGGCCACCAACCCAGCGGGGCCCGUGGCUCGCUCCGAGGCCACUCGCCAGCGCGCCGAGAAGUUCAUGGCCGCCAAGCGCGCCGAGCUCGAGCAGCGGCUGGACGCCAACGCCGACGCGCUGCAGGAGCUGGGCUGGGAGGCGCGCCAGCUGGAGCUCAACGAGCUAAACGAGAAGGUGUGCGGAGUGACGAGGGACGUGCCGUGUGCGGAGAGCGCGUGCGGCGGCGUCGGCUGCAGGGACGAGGACGGCCGCCCGCACUGCGGGGGCAUGAACUGCGGCGGCGUCGCCACCGUGGCCUCCAACGCCCUGGAGCGGUCCACCAUCGCCGACCGUGAGAUCCAGAAGGCCCUGGGGGACCUCGACAAGCUGCACCAGCAGGUCAUGGAUGUGAAGAGCAAGGCAGGAAAGGCCAAGGAGGAGGCUCAGGGCACCCUGCAGAGAGCCAACGGCACCCGCGCGCAGGUGGAGGGCGCGGUGCAGGGCCUGCGGGAGCUCAUCAAGCAGAUCAAGGAGUUCCUCACGGAGGAGGGCGCGAGCCCCGACAGCAUCGAGCUGGUGGCGGAGCGGGUGCUGCGCCUCGGCGUGCCGGCAUCGCCGCAGCAGAUCGGCCGCCUCGCCGACGAGAUCAAGGAGCGCGUGAGCAGCCUGGCCAACGUCGACGCCAUCCUGGCCCGCACGGCCGGCAGCAUCAAUGAGGCCGAGCGCCUCCUACAGGACGCCAAGAGGGCCAAGGCACGUGCUGAAAACGCCAAGAGCGCCGCAGAGACGGUGCGCAAGGCGCUGGCGGGGGCCAGGGAGGCGCAGGCCGGGGCGGAGGUCGCCAUCCAGCAGGCCCGGUCCGACCUGCACGACACGCAGGACACGCUGGCCUCGACCGAGUCGGAGACGGCGGCCGCCGGGCAGCGACUCCAGGACGCGACGGCUCGCCUGCUGAGCCUCGAGCGCGACGUCGAUGCCCUCAAGAUGAAGACGGCGGCCAACAGCCUCGCGGCUGGCAAGGCCGACAAGGCGGCCGGCAUGGCCAAGCAGCGUGCCGACGAGGCCAAGCAGAUGCACGACGGGGAGCUGCGGGACCGCUUCCGGGCGCUGCAGGAUCUCUUCGGGAAGAAGGGGCGCGGGGCGGAGGAGGCGCGGCGUCGCGUCGAGCAGCUCCGGGAGCAGGCGCGGGCCGUGCUGGCCGGAGCGCAGGCCCGCUUGGCGCGCCUCGCCGAGCUGGAAGUGGCCUACGAUGGGAACGCGGUGGAGCUGGAGCGCAAGGCGCACAGGCUGCGCGGUCUCGAGGACAAGUUGCGCGGGAUCGUCUAUGCCAUCAACAAGCAAAUCAACGUGUACAACACCUGCCAGUAGCGGGGGCGGGGGAGGCCAGAGACCUCAGCCGUUGUGCGCGACUUUGGUCAGCUGAGCAGCCAACAGGCCCUCCCAGCUGUGCCGGGGCACAGGGGGAUGAAGCUGAACGUGCCACUCCCUGGUCGGGCUCGUUGUAUAGGCUACCUUUGCGUGCGUCGUUUCGGGUUCAGCUGUCCGUUGCAGCCAUGGUACACUCGGACACUUUUUGGGCAAUUGUCGCCGGCAGUCGUCACUGGAAUUUAGUUUACUUUGAGAAAUGAUGGCGAUUGGUUGAUGAACCAGCGAUUGGUUGAUCAGCAAUCGUUGGUCUGCAGGGCACACGACCUUUGUGAACUCUGUGGUGUUAUCGAAAGUUGACAUCCCAGUCGUCUAGUGGGAGGAGCAGCAAUCGGUUUUGACCAGAUUUGGGCAAUUGAUUUUUUUUUACAAUUAAAAAAAAAUCCAACAACCAGACAAAUUCCAUCAACAAUCGCUCAAUUAUUUGCCAAGCCUAUCAUGACCUUUAGACACCACAGCCAAAAAGAGACGCAACCCCGACAGUAACUGACAUACUUGGGCUCCUGCAAUGGAUAAACGCCCACAAAAGGCUAAUUUGCGCAGAGGGCUUCUGUGAAUGAUAAUAGACGUAACGUCAAUUAUCAUUCACAUAAGCGGGGUCUCGCCACCAACGUGUCACCCAUUAAAAACCCUCAUGAAAGCAAGUGCAUCAAUUAUGGCGGGGGUUUUUUGUCCCUUUAUUGGGAGACGUAAAGUUUUUACAGCGUGCCAUGCGUCGAUUAUGAACGAUGCCGCGCGGGGGAAGGGGGGGGGGGCUUGGGAAUCAACGCUUGGCCGUGAAGGUGCGGUCAGAGAAAGCUCCAGAUGCUUCUGCUGGGUUCUGAUUGUGGUGGCGAUCAGACCCCAAUCGUUCAUGAGCACGUAGAUCCCCAUUGAAUCAGCCACUCAUGAAUGUUUUGAUUUGCCAUGCAUUGUCUGACCCGUGGUUUGUUAUAGACAUUUUUUUGGAAAAUGAAACACAAACUCUGGAGGUAAAAUAAUAAGAUAUAUGUAACAUUUUCCCAAAAUAAUGUUUUUUAAUGAAUUGCUUUUGUUGAACAUUCUUUUGCAUUCACCUGCAGCAGACACACUCCUUUUCAAUGUGGCCUUUACCCGCUUCUCAUACAAACUCACCUGUGUGUGCUUGUACACUCGUGCAAACACACACAUGCUCACUGCCGGUAACUUCUUACAACUUCUUACCAAGUGUACUUUACACCGAGUGCUAUGCAUGUGUUUAUUUUUUAACCGGAGGCAGAUUGGUAGUACGCUAAACUACCGGACAUGUAGCGAUGCUUCGAUUCGCCGAUUAAAAAUAUAUUAUUACA